CAUCCCAAAGCAGCUCACAAAAUAUAAGAGACAGCUCCGCCUCUCUCUCUCUCUCUCAAAUCCACUGCGACCCAGUAACCUCAGAGAACCACCGCCGCCGCAAAAAUGGCAAAGCGCCUCAUGCCAACCCUCAACCGUGUUCUUAUAGAGAAAAUCGUCCCACCCUCCAAAACCACCGCCGGCAUUCUCUUACCGGAGUCAUCCGCCAAGCUGAACUCGGGGAAGGUGGUUGCUGUUGGACCAGGAACUAAGGAUAAGACCGGAAAUGCGAUCCCAGUGGCUGUGAAAGAAGGUGACACUGUUCUGUUGCCCGAAUAUGGUGGCACCCAAGUUAAGCUUGGUGACAAAGAGUUCCAUUUGUACCGGGAUGAGGACAUUUUGGGCACUCUCCAUGAUUGAGUUAUUCGGUAUUGUGUUUUCGAGGAUUAUGCUAUUAAGGGUUGGAUGUAACUGAUAAUUAGUGAAUUGGAAUUUCUCAUGGACCUUUUAGUUUGCUUUAAAAUGAGAUUGAGAUAAUUUCCAGCUUCUAAUGGAUUUGGAUUCAGAAUA